AUGUCUGCCCCGUCAAAAGCAGCUACUAGCGCAAUCUCGCGCAGCUACCCCAAGAGCCUUCCUAUCCUGGUCGCUGGCACAUCCGUUCUUAUUGUCGGCGCCUAUGUCAAGUCUCAGUUGGCCACUCAGUCCAACAAUAUGGAUCGCUUCUUCUCCACAUACAACACCCCCGAGAGUGAGGCCUCCCGGCGGAAAACCUUUGAAGGCUACCCCGACACUCGAACGAAUAUUCUCAAUAUACUGGGAACUAAAUGA